GAUGUUGAGGUGUUUAGGUGACAAUUUUCAUAACUUCUUUGAUAUUUAUUUAACUCUACAAAACCUUUAAAACUCCACGAUUAUUUAAAGGACACAAAAUGAACUUCAAGUGCAUGUUAGAACUCUUUACUAACAACAACAACAACAACAACAAAAAAAGGCCUGGCAUCCUCACUCCUGGCUUGUUAUGGGAAGAAAAUGAAACAAUUUAGAGUCAGAAGGUCUAUUCAAAACUUCAGAGGGUAACAAACCAGUCUGUGAUCAAUGUUAAUUGUUUAUUAUAAUGUUUAAUCUUAAUAAAUAGUUUCAUUUAAGAUCAAAAUAUUAAAAUAGAGAGGAAAUAAAAACAAAAAUCUUUCAAAAACAUGCUCUGACAUUACUCACCUUGGACUCUUAACAAAAAUGUCCCGGCUCCCUCCAUGUUAAACUCUAAAAAAGAAGGUUCGUUCACAUAAAAAUAAAUAAAUAAAUAAAUAAAUUCAUUAAUUAAAAAUUAAAAAUACAGUAAAAUUGAAAGACUUGGAAAAAGUUUAUUGUGCUCCACUGAAACUUGGGACGUUUUAGAUAACCUUUAAGUAUCUAAUAACAGUUUGGACUAAAGAGAAAACAAGGAUUUGUUCUUAAUUUGCAAUUUUAAAAGUAUGUGUAAAGAGCCAAACUGUUUUGCUUUUCAUGUUGCACUGCUGUAAAAAGAUAUUGGGCCAGAUAGCUUCUGUUCUGGUUUUUAUGUCACAACAAAAUUUUUCAGAUCAUAGAUAACCUCAGUACAUGGAUAAAGUGGUUUGCACGUGAUGAUUCCAUUUAUUAAAGUAAUAAAGCUAUCCAAGCCAACCCUUUGUAAAGAAGAAUUUUCUCCUCUUGUUAAAUCAAGACUUAACUGUCACAAACUCCCUUUUCUUAAAAGAUGUGUUCAAGCUCCUUAUUUAAACCCAGUUCUGGUUACUGUCUGGCAUUUAUAAUCAGGAGAUCAAGUAGAACAACUGACAUCAUGAAAUAAGUGAGAAGCUCUUUAACGUAUCUUACUCUGAUCUAAAGAUUUUCAAGAACAGAUCAGUAGCAAUAUUGCUAAGAUCAAUCAGUCUGUCAACAAAACAGUCCAAAAUUGUGACAGUCUUAGGAUACUUUGCUGCUCCAGGACCAAGACAACUUGUCAUAUCUGAUGGAACCAUCAAUUAUGUUCUCUACCUGUUCUCUACUGAAGGAGUAAAUCUGACCAUUAGAGAUGGAAGAUAUGGACUUUAAAAAUGUUAUCACAAUAAUUUGUGGCACUUAUUGCAAUAAUUAUAAAAGUAAUGCUAAAAAAAUAUGCAUCAGUAUAGUCUUUAUUACCAUCCAGACAAAAUGGUGCAAAUGCACCACUAAGCGUUCAUUUAAAGAAAAAUAAAAAAUUAAGUGGUGCUUUUAUAAAACCAACAUUGGAAAUUAAGAUCUUUCAAAUAGCAAAAGUAAGAAUCCCAACCAAACCGACAGUUUUCAGGUUGUGCGAACAUCACGAAUUCCUGAAAUAACGUUUUUUUUUUUCACAAUAGCAAUAAAUGGUAUAAUAAUUUCCCAUCCCAGCCAACCAUUAGUUUGUGACCGUGAAUAAAACUUAAUGCAGUAAUUCCCAUUAAUCCAUCCAUCCAUCCAUGAUUGAUUUUUAUUUUUAUUUUUUUCGUUUUAGUACACUCAUUGAAAAACAUCUUUCAGCAAACAUCAUGUUUACCCGUCAUUAAGACAAAAAAAAAAAAAACUGGUCAAAAUUUUUACAUUUUUAAGUUUAAAGUAGCUUAUUUGAACAGACUUCUUAAAAUAUGUUAUCAACUAACUAAUGUGUAACCUCAUGUUGAAAAUACUCUUCAUUUGCCCUGCAACCCCCUAAACCUUUUUUUUUUGUGUUGGUUUCAACUCCUCCUUUGACACUGUUUACCAGACGAUUUGUAUAAAUGUCAGGCCUUUCAUUAUCAUUUGUUAGACAGAGGAGGUUCACCAGAAUACAGAAACAGUCAGAUAGAACUCAGGUUGGAAAAAACCCCCCCAAAAAACAAAAAAAAAAAGGUUGCAUCUUUUAAAGUGAGUUUGAUAUUAGACAAUCAGAUCUGAAAGCCUACAGUAUUCUGCAUUUGCAUCCACCAACUGAUUAAUAUAUUUUUAUUAACUAUAGCAAAGGCAUCUGGUGAGAGAAUGAAUGCUGAUGAAUGUAAUGGACGCUCAUAUUCACAAGGUAAUGGAGGAGAAUCAUCAGCAGAGCAGGAUUUUUAUGCUGGGUUGCGGGCCACUUCUGUAAGAUCUCCCAACAGCCAGCAGUCCUCGCCUCACCGCUCCCUAAGUGACUCCAUUAAGGUUGAGCUGUGUAGCGAUGAAGAGUCUUCAGGUGCCCGACAGUCUGAGAACAAAGAGACUGCGAGGAGCGACGGUGGGAAAGAUGACAGGGUGGGUCCCGCUGAAGAAGGAGGUCCAGCGUUUGCCGGAGCCGGAGGAGACAGAGGGAACCUCUACAGUGAGAUGGCUACUCCUAAUUCGUCCUCACCGGGACCAAUCCGGCUGCCCAAUGGGAAGCUGCAGUGCGAGGUGUGCGGGAUGGUCUGCAUAGGACCCAACGUGCUGAUGGUCCACAAGCGCAGCCACACAGCCCAAACAUCCAUGCACAUGUUUGCAGGCGAGCGGCCUUUUCAGUGCAACCAGUGUGGAGCCUCCUUCACCCAGAAGGGCAACCUGCUGCGCCACAUCAAACUUCAUUCAGGAGAGAAGCCUUUCAAAUGUCCCGUUUGCAACUACGCCUGUCGUCGGAGAGAUGCUCUUGCUGGUCAUCUGCGCACUCAUUCGGUUUCUUCCCCGACAGUGGGAAAACCUUUCAAGUGCAGCUACUGUAGUCGCAGCUAUAAGCAACAGAGCACACUGGAGGAACAUCUGGAGCGCUGCCAUAGUUACAUGAAGACUCUGGACUCUCAGAUGCCACCUGGUGAAGAGUCUGUAAAUAUGGAGAGCAUCACUAAACCUGUGCUGCAGCCGUCCAAUGAAAAAAGGCCGUUUGUGGACAGACUGACUGUCAGCAUCACCAAACGAAAGAGGUCAACACCACAGAAGUUUUUGGGAGAAAAGCACAUGCACCUUGAACCACCAGAAGCACCUUAUGAACUGUCCUCUGGCUCUGAAAAGGAAGGGGAUCUCCUGAGCUCCCAUUCUGCUGGAGACUCAUCCGGUCUGGUUAGAUCACACCUCCACUUCGCAAGAAGUAAAGCUGAGAGCCAGGAGUCGCCCUCGCUGCAUCCGCUCCAUCCUGGCUUUGUGGCGGAGCUCCGAACCGUUGUGGGUUCCCUCAGCAGUGGCGUGGCUCUCCAGGGCCCCCGAGCCCACAGCGCAGUCGGGCUCGCAGCAAUGUCCCUUGGCCUCCCUGGGCGGGAGGCAGGCGAAGCCCGGGACGACCAGCCCUCAGCGCACAGUCACACCACCUCGCCCAACGGCUGCCCCGACUCUACGGACACAGAGAGCACAGCGGAAGAGCAGAGCACAAGGGCUACAGCCCCGACAAGUACCUCCAACAACCAUCACCUCCACUAUCUGACCCCAGCACUGCCCCGUGGCCAUCCCACCAUCAGCCCCAGCCAGGCCAAAGACUUGGACGCAGAGUGGGACAGAGGGGGUCCCGUUCUCCCGGGUGUUGUAAAGAGAAACCCAGGCUCGCCUCUCUCCUCCAGGAACAAUUUCCAAGUUUUGGACAAGGGGGGCAGGCCUGUGCGCUCCUUCUACUGCCGGCACUGCUGCAUCCUCUUCCUGGACCACGUCAUGUACACCAUCCACAUGGGCUGCCACGGCUUCCGCCAGCCCUUCGAGUGCAACAUCUGCGGGCAUCCCAGCCAGGACCGCUACGAGUUUUCCUCUCACAUCAGCCGUGGAGAGCACCAGGUGGGCUGAGGACAGGCAGAUGCACAAGGAGGGGUAGACUGCUAUAAUCUAAACGGGGGCUCAUGUUUGUUCUGCACCAGAUCAGCUAUUUUAAAUCCCUAGUUUAAGUCAAAUAAAUCCUGAGCUUGCUGUGGAUUUAUAUCCUACAUGCCACAGGUGAGCAAAAACAACCCCCAUCUUUUUAACGCAUCAGUUAGAUUAGUUUAGACAAAUCGAAUUGCGUAACUGAUUGCACUCCCUUAUCAAAUCGCAUGGCAAACUAUAGGUUUUGCCUCAGAAGUGCCUUCUUUGGGGAUUUCCUCUGAACACACACUCACUCACACACAACACAAACACGCACCUACACAAAAAGAAACAGCGGAGAACUGGUGCUCAAGAAACCCGACUAGCUAUCCUUUCCUCUGUGAUUUUAGAAACGAUCACGUCCAAGAGGUCAUGUUCACAUGCAGUUACUGAAAGCAUUUUAAGCAUUUAUCAAAAACAGGUUUUAUUCAGUACGCACUGAGAGCUUUGCUUCGGCGGCUGAGGAGGGUGCUUUCUGUGUCAGGUUAGCUACAUAUGCACCAAGAGCUGUGUGCCUCUGAGUGUGGGACGAGCUUCUGACACACAGACGAAGCACAGACGUGGAUUGCCUUAACUCCUACAGCGGUAACUGUUGUAGGAACACAUAUUGUUUACAGCACGGUUCAACAGUGUGCAAAGCAGGCAUGGGCCAGUAUGAGGUUAUCGCAGUGUCAGACCUUUUGAAAAAAUAAAAAAGUAAAUACUUUGCUUUGGUGACACCACUGUAUUUACAAGAAUAAUUUAGGAAAAACUGAAAGAAAUUAUUUAUUUUCUUUUAAUCACUGUUUGUUAUUUUUGAUGUUUUCUGCCUCUUGCUUUCCGUAGAGCAGCACUGAACAAUGGCAAGCUUACAUUUGCUGGUUAAUUGACAAUGUUUCUGUAGGGCGUUUGAAAGUCAAAAAGCCAAAAAAAUGUAGGCCUUGAAAAAGUCUUAAACCUGUACAAAUGUCUUACUAUGUGUUAAAUUUAUACUUGUUGCCAUUUUUAAAUUUUUUUUAAUGACAUUCAGCAAUUCAUAAAAACGUGAAAAAAAUCUGACCAUGAAGACGUCUUGCUGCAGUAUCACAUUAUAUUUCUAUUUAUUCUGAUUCUUACCCUCACUUUAGCUCUUUAAUUCUUUUGACAUGUCAUUAGAAUUGAUAUUUUGCUUAAUACUGAAAUAGAGAUAAUUUAUUAUGAUCACAAAGCCACAUUGUUUUAGAGAAGACAAUUGGUAGAAUGUAGAAAAUUACGUUUAGUCGUUGCUUGACAAAGCGUGUAUGAAACUUCCUCAACGGCAGGUAUAAAAUGUACUUCAAUAUUUCAUACCUGAGAAAUCUUUGGUACAAAAUGAUCAAAACUGCAGGGGUAUGAAACAGUGAUGGGGUGAAAGGACUUAGUAAUUAUAAAAGACUUAAUAGAUGUGAUGGGUGGAGGUCUGGUAUUUUCCAUCCCAUUUCUUUCCCUGUUAUUAACAAUCAAAUUAAACUUUGUUGUCAACACUGGAAGGAUGGAAGUGCCUUUUCCGAGCUAGAUGACCUGCAGUGUGCAGAAAUAGGUGGGGGGAGGGAAUAUCACAGUGCUGCUCUAUGAUUCAUGCAAACAGAAAACGAACUCUGCCGUUUCUCCUGCAUCUCAUUGAAGUGACUUUAAACCAUGAAAACCGUUUGACAAAAGAUAGAUACCUCGACACCGACGCCCAUGCCUAGUGCAAAGCUAACUGUGUGGAACAGAGCCUCAGGAUGAAGCUGAUUCAUUGAGUAAAAUUAGGAUGAAGUAGGCUUUUAGAUUUCAAAAGUGAGCUUUAGGAUACUGGUGCAGAUCAGACCAUGAGCUUCGUCGCUUAUAAGAGCCUCGCUGAAUGGACCCGGGGUGCUCUACCUCUCUGCAGGACUGCACUUUUUAGAAUAGGUUCCCUGCUUACAUAUGAACGUCUUUACUGAAGCACUUCACUGCUUUACAGAGUUGUUACCUGUGAUUGUUCUACUGCACUGAUGCAUUUAACAGUGACAAUAGCCGACCGCCUGGUUUAGGUGGUGGAGUUCUUACUGGAGCCGGCCUUCUGCACCUUGGUUCGGUGGGGGGGUUGAACCGUCAGCUCAGCUCAAACAAUCCCUUUGUGGUUUUGCACUCGGCGGCCGCAGCUGAGAUUUUAAACGAGUUCCAUAAUGUAAGUGAUUUAAGAAAUUAUUUAAAGAUGAAUUAUUAGCAUAUCAGUUUGAGUCUCUUCUGUUAUUAUCUCACUUGUGAUUAUCUACUUAGUGUCGUUUGUUUCUGCCUUGGUGUAUUUAAUCAGCUAUAUUCCAAAUCUUAUCCAGCAUAUUCCUCAAAGUUCAUGAAAUGUUACCUCCUGCUUCUUUAUAGCACCCAAAUACCUUAUUGCUACAGUAUGGUGAAUGAUUUGAUGAUGUUAAUAUCGGGAACAUGAAAGAAACCAAACUCAGUAUUCUUACUUAUUAUUGUUGGUUUGCUGCUUUAUAGUUUAACCUGAGUUUCUCUACUAGCAAGCAAAAUAUACUUGAAAACAGUAAAAAAAA